AAUGCCAAAGAUUACUGCGUACGUGAUGGAUUACUUUGUUAUCUUCCUCCUCCUCUGUUUUCCGGUGGAGGCAUCGGAUGCCGGCAAGUUCUCCCCCGCUGACAAUAUUUUGAUCGACUGCGGCGCCACCACACCCGUCACCAUGCCUGAUGGCCGACAAUUCCAGACGGACUCGCAGACGGCCCCUUUCCUGUCCGCCUCCGACGAGGUAAGAGCCUCGGACCCCGCCGCGCCGGUCCCCUCGCCACUCUACCUCUCGGCGCGCAUUUUCCAUGACGAAGCAACCUACAGAUUCGCGCUCACCCGACCGGGGUGGCAUUGGAUCCGUCUCCACUUCUUCCCUCUCGAUAAUACCGAUCUCGACCUUGAAAACGCCGUGUUUUCGGUCACUACCGACGAUUUUGUUCUCCUUCAUAGCUUCACGGCUGACGACCAGGAGGCCAAGUGGGCCCUUAAGGAGUUCCUGGUCAACGCCACCUCUCCGGAGCUCACCCUUCACUUCACUCCGCACCGCAACUCUGUCGCCUACGUCAACGGCAUCGAGGUCGUCUCCGCACCAGAUGUGCUCCUCCCCGCUACGGUCAACGCGCUGGCGCCGGUGGGUGAGUCCGAGGCUCUCGCUGGUUCCGGGUUCGAGGUGGCGUACCGCGUCAACGUCGGAGGGCCAGUGAUCACCUCCGUGAACGACACGCUCGGGCGGUUGUGGGAGGCGGAUGCGGCCUUCAUCCAGUCGAACUCCACGGCCAAGGACGUGGCGGUCGAUGCCAGCAUCAUCAAGUUCCCGGAGGGGACCUCCCCUCUCAUCGCGCCCAACGCCGUCUACGCAACCGCCGCCAAGAUGGCCGACGCGCGCGUCGGAAGCCCCAACUUCAACGUGUCGUGGAGCUUCGAUGUCGAUCCCGCCUUCAGCUACUUUGUCCGACUCCACUUCUGCGAUAUCAUUAGCAAGACACUCAACGACCUCUACUUCAACGUCUACAUCAAUGAUCUCACCGCCGUAUCGGGGCUCGAUCUCUCCACCCUCACCGGCGGUCUCGCGAUGCCUCUCUACAAAGAUUUCCUUCUCAACGAGACGAUGGCGGCGGAGCGGAUCACAGUCCAGGUCGGCCCGACGAACGAUAACUCAGGGCGGAUCGAUGCGCUGCUGAAUGGGAUAGAGAUCAUGAAGGUGAACAACUCGGUCGGAAGCCUGGACGGUGAGUUCGGCGUCGACGGGUCGAAAGCGAAGCACAUAGCUGACGGGUCGAACCAGCAGGUGGUGGUGGCGAUGGGAUUCGCGAUGAUGUUCGGCGCGUUUGCAGGAUUGGGGGCGAUGGUAGUGAAAUGGCACCGCCGGCCGCAGGACUGGCAACGGCGGAACAGCUUCUCCUCGUGGCUGCUGCCGGUGCACACUGGCAACUCGACCUUCAUGGCGUCUAGCAAAGGAGGCUACGGGUCAAAGAGCGGCUACACCUCCUCCGCGCUGGGGGUUGGGUCCGGCCGGUACAUGUCUCUGGCGGAACUGCAGUCGGCGACCAAGAACUUCGACCAGAAGGCGGUGGUCGGCGUGGGAGGGUUUGGGAACGUAUAUAUCGGCGAGCUGGAGGACGGGACGAAGGUGGCAGUGAAGCGGGGGAAUCCACAGUCAGAGCAGGGGAUCAACGAAUUCCAAACGGAGAUCCAGAUAUUGUCCAAGCUGCGGCACCGACACCUGGUCUCGCUCAUUGGAUACUGCGACGAGGGGUCGGAGAUGAUCCUGGUGUACGAGUACAUGGAGAAUGGACCGCUCAGGGACCAUAUUUAUGGGCACGACAACCCGCCUCUGUCCUGGAAGCAGAGGUUGGAGAUCUGCAUCGGGGCGGCGCGGGGGCUGCACUACCUCCACACGGGUACAGCGCAGGGGAUCAUCCACCGCGACGUGAAGACCACUAACAUCCUCCUGGACGAGAGCUUCGUAGCGAAAGUGUCGGACUUCGGGCUGUCGAAGGACGCGCCGGGAAUGAACCAGACGCACGUGAGCACGGCCGUGAAGGGCAGCUUCGGCUACCUCGACCCGGAGUACUUCCGGUGCCAGCAGCUGACUGAGAAGUCCGACGUGUACUCCUUCGGGGUGGUGCUGCUGGAAGUUCUGUGCGCACGGCCGGCGCUCAACCCCUCGCUGCCGAGGGAGCAGGUGAACCUGGCGGAAUGGGCGAUGCAGUGGAAACGCAAGGGGCUAAUCGAGAAGGUCAUCGACCCCAACAUCGUCGGUACAAUCAACAAGGACGCGCUCAGCAAGUACGUGGAGGCCGCGGAGAAGUGCCUGGCGGAGCACGGGGUCGACCGGCCCUCCAUGGGAGACGUGCUCUGGAACCUCGAAUACGCCCUCCAGCUGCAGGAAGCUGCUCAAAGUGCAAUUAGUAAACUGAAUGGUGCACUUAUGAAUGACAAACCAGUUUAUGUUGGACCCUUCGUCCGCAAGCAGGAAAGGGAAAACUCCGCAGACAAGACAAAAUUUACUAAUGUCUUUGUGAAAAAUCUUUCAGAGUCAACUACAAAGGAGGACCUAGAAAAUAUUUUUGGAAAAUAUGGGAAAAUCACCAGUGCAGUUGUUAUGAUCGAGGAGGAUGGAAAAUCAAAGUGCUUUGGGUUUGUUAAUUUUGACGAUCCAGAUGCUGCUGCUCUAGCAGUUCAAGAACUCAAUGGACAGCAAUUUGAUGAUAAGGAAUGGUAUGUCGGAAAGGCAUUGAAAAAGUCUGAAAGGGAUUCAGAACUUAGGGAAAAGAUUGAGCAAACUGCUACGGAGACAAUUGAUAAGUAUCAUGGACUCAAUUUAUAUUUGAAGAACUUAGAUGAUAGUAUUGGAGAUGAUAAGCUGGUAGAAUUAUUUUCUGGCUUUGGGAUAAUAACUUCCUGCAAGGUUAUGCGGGAACCUAAUGGUAUGAGUAAAGGCUCUGGAUUUGUUGCUUUCUCAGCUCCUGAAGAAGCAUCUCGAGCUCUGGCAGAGAUGAAUGGAAAAAUGGUUGGUGGGAAGCCACUUUAUGUUGCAGUUGCACAACGCAAAGAAGAGAGAAAAGCUAGGUUGCAGGCUCAGUUUUCACAAGUACGACCAGUAACUAUGAUACCUAAUGUUGGUCCACGUGUUCCCAUCUACCCCCCUGGUGCUCCGGGUAUGGGGCAACAAAUAUUUUAUGGCCAAACGCCUCCUACGCUUGUUCCACCUCAGCCAGGAUUUGGCUUUCAGCAACAGCUUAUUCCUGGAAUGAGGCCCGGUGGGCCACCUAUGCCAAAUUUCUUCAUGCCUGUAGUCCAACAAGGUCAGCAGGGGCAUCGCCCAAGUGGUAGACGUAGUGGAGGACCAGUGCAACAAAUGCAACAACCAAUGCCUUUGAUCCAGCAACAGCAGAUGCUUCCAAGGGGUCGCGUCCAGCGCUAUGCUCCUGGUCGCAACAUGUCUGACGUUCCGAUGCCUGGUAUUGUUGGAGGGAUGCUCUCUCCAUAUGAUAUGGGAGGUCUGGGAUACCGAGAUAUUGGCAUGUCACAAUCUAUUCCCAUUGGGACACUGGCUUCAGCACUUGCAAAUGCUACUUUCGAGCAGCAAAGGAUGAUGCUUGGUGAGAAUCUUUACCCACUUGUGGAGCAAUAUGAGCGAGAUCAUGCUGCCAAAGUUACAGGAAUGUUGCUGGAGAUGGACCAAACUGAAGUCCUGCAUUUGCUAGAAUCGCCAGAAGCUCUGAAAGCAAAAGUUGCAGAGGCAAUGGAAGUCCUGCUAAAUGUAGCGCAACAGCAACAGGGGAAUGCUCCCAGUGAUCAGCUAGCAGCGCUGUCGCUGAGUGAUGGCCUUGUCUCUUGAUGCUCAGACUUGUUUUCAAGUUGUACUGUUUAGUUGCGAUUGUGAACAACCAACACUUCUGGUCGUCUUGGUUUGCUUAUGAUUGUGAUGUGAAUUUUGAGUUUUGAUUUUUGUUAACUGGGGUCUGUUUCGGUCGAUUGAAUCUCUGGUCCUCUUGAACUAGCAUCUUACCAUGUGUUUCUAGUUGUACCAAGUAUUUUAUGAUUAUCUAUCUGUACGUGUGUUUAUUUUCC